AUGAAGGUCCCUAACAAGGUGAAACACUUCACAUGGAAGGCAUGUAGGAACAUCCUGGCCACUAAGGAAAAUUUAUGGAGAAGGAAGGUCACUCAAGAGGGAAUGUGCGAGGAGUGUGGCGAUACGAUUGAGUCGGCAUCCCAUCUAUUCUGGUUUUGCAAACAAGCGCAGGCAGUGUGGUCUCACAGUAAGCUUGUCCUGCCUUUUACCAUCUCACAGUCAUGGGAGUUUAUUGAUGUAAUGGGUCAGUUGCUGAAGUGGAAGGAUGUCUACCUGGAUAUUAUGGAAAGGGCCAUGAUGAUAUGCUGGGGGAUUUGGAGGAACAGAAACGAGGUGAAGCAUGGUGGGAAACGAAAAACUGGUGUGGCUGUGAUUAAGUGCUCGCACUAUUCAUUAGAGUUCCAAACGGCGAAUGAGGUACGAAGCAAGCAGGAAGCUCUGACUCGGGAGGUGGUGAGAUGGACAGCUCCAAAGCAUGGCCAAUACAAGGUGAAUUGCGAUGCGGCAGUCUUCACUAGGAGCAGAGAGGUGGGUUUUGGCAUGAUCAUCCGUGACUGUGCUGGUUUGGUCAUUGCUGCUUUGAGUAAGAAAGGGAUUAGUCUUUCCAGAGCGGUGGAAGCGGAGGCGAAGGCGAUGGAAGUGGUUGUCCAGUUUGCAAAGGAUGUGGGGAUAAGGGAAGCAAUCUUCGAAGGUGACUUGCUUAUUGUGAGUGGAGCAGUCCAAGGCGGUGGUGAUGUUCCUUCCUCGAAUCCAAAACAUUGUCUGUGGCAUUACACAGGAACUUCAGACUUUUAG